AUGGGCAAGAUGGACAACACCUCCGUGGAGCUCAGCUCUCCCUCUGAGGUAAAGCAAGCAGCCCUGGAGGAAUCGGAAUCCAUCACCCCUGACGCCCAGAACACCAAGAAGAAGAAGAAGGAGAUCCCAGACAGAGGCUCCUGGAAGGGGAAAUUUGACUUCUUACUGUCCUGCGUGGGCUAUGCUAUCGGGCUGGGCAACGUCUGGCGUUUCCCGUAUCUCUGUGGCAAGAAUGGAGGAGGGGCCUUCCUCAUCCCCUAUUUCCUGACACUGGUGUUUGCUGGGAUUCCCCUCUUCCUGCUGGAAACUGCUCUGGGCCAGUAUACCUCUAUUGGUGGACUGGGAGUCUGGAAACUAGCACCCAUGUUUAAAGGAGUGGGGCUGGCAGCUGUGGUUCUCUCCUUCUGGCUCAAUAUCUACUACAUUGUCAUCAUCGCCUGGGCUCUCUACUAUCUUUUCAACUCUUUCACCACGGAACUGCCGUGGCAGAGCUGCGGGAAUGCCUGGAACACCGACCGCUGCUUCUCCAACUACUCCCUGAGCGACACCACCAACCUCACCAGUGCUGUCACCGAGUUCUGGGAGAGAAAUAUGCACCAGAUGUCUGGAAGCCUGGGGGAGCCCGGCACCAUCCGCUGGCCCCUGGCUGGCACACUGGCCCUGGCCUGGCUGCUGGUCUACUUCUCCAUCUGGAAGGGCGUCGAGUGGACAGGCAAGGUGGUAUAUUUCUCGGCAACCUACCCCUACUUCAUGCUCUUCAUCCUCUUCUUCCGAGGCGUUACACUGCCAGGAGCAAAGGAGGGCAUCCUCUUCUACCUCACACCUGACUUCAGAAAGCUCUCCGACUCCGAGGUCUGGAUGGACGCAGCCACGCAGAUCUUCUUCUCUUAUGGCCUAGGACUUGGGUCCCUGAUUGCUCUGGGGAGCUACAACACUUUCCACAACAACGUCUACAGGGAUUCCAUUAUUGUCUGCUGUAUAAACUCCACCACAAGCAUAUUUGCUGGAUUUGUUAUUUUCUCUAUUGUUGGCUUCAUGUCACACAUCACAAAGAAGUCAAUCUCAGAGUUGGCCUCCUCAGGCCCCGGACUGGCUUUCCUUGCCUACCCACAGGUUGUCACACAGCUGCCCCUGUCCCCACUCUGGUCCAUCCUCUUCUUCUCCAUGCUGAUGAUGUUGGGUCUGGAUAGCCAGUUCUGCACCGUCGAGGGGUUCAUUACAGCCCUGAUGGAUGAGUAUCCUUAUCUGCUGAGAGCAAGAAAGAAGGUCUUCAUUGCUGUAGUCUGUUUCAUCUCUUAUCUCAUUGGAUUCUCCAACAUCACCCAGGGUGGCAUUUAUGUCUUCAAGCUGUUUGAUUAUUACUCAGCCAGUGGCAUGUGUCUUCUUUUUCUUGUCUUCUUUGAGACCAUCUCAAUUUCUUGGUGUUACGGUGUGAACAGGUUUUACAGCAACAUCGAAGAAAUGAUUGGCUACAAACCUUGCAUCUGGUGGAAGAUCUGCUGGGCCUUCUUUACUCCUCUUGUCUGCCUGGGUGUGUUCUUCUUCAGUGUGGUGGAAAUGACACCUCUGACACUGGGGAAAUAUGUCUAUCCCGCAUGGGGACAAGGCAUAGGUUGGCUUAUGGCUCUGUCCUCCAUGGUACUCAUUCCAGGAUACAUGCUGUAUUGUUUCUUCACCUCAACGGGGACUCUCCGGCAGCGUUUGCAGCAGAUGACACAGCCCAAGCCAGAGGUGCACGCCCAGAACAACGGCCUCCAGCCAAAGAUGUCCUUGAAUGGGAGGGUCUCAGAUGCCGCCGUGUAG